AUGCCCGGAUACCGCCCAAGGAGAGGUGGCGCGAGAGGCGGCGCUGCGAUGACGCAAAGGGCGAGGAGAGGGAAAGCACCUAUGCAUGCUCGUAAUGCCUUCCAGACAUCCAGGUUGAAGGAGCAAGAAGACGGUUCGAUACAUGGCGAUUCGGGCUCUGAGGAAGAAGAAGAAGAAGAAGAAGAAGAAGAAGAAGGACUGAGCGAUAAAGAAGACUUAGACAACGUAAACCAACAAAGCGACCGGUCCAACAGCGAGGAUGAGGAUGGGGAGGACAAGCCCGCCCCGAACUCAUACCUGACUCUCUUACAGUCUUUGAACUCUCGCACAAAUGGUGGAGAACCGGCAAGCAAGAAAAGAAAAAUCGAGUCUGCUUUACAUUCGAGGAAAUCGGCUAUGAAGAGUAGGACUCCGACAGAUGGCUCACACGUUGAAGUUGAGGAUCCCACCGAGGUGCUGGAACCUGCCGAAGAGGGAAAGCAAUAUCGUGAGGAAAAUAAGAAAUUGGAAGACGGUAUCGAGGAUGACGUGGACUCCGAGGAUGAAGAACACAUCUUGAUUGAUCCCUUUGAGCAGCAUUAUGCCAGCGUGACGGAACAGGCGACCAAAGACGCUGCCAAUCAGGUCGAUGGAAAGGACUAUCAAGUUCAAUCCUCCACAUCUGAGUCCGAGAUACGCACCACACGAUUCAUUCGAAAGGGAACAACCUCGAAAAUCCGUGUUGUUAAAUCAGCAAAAGACCUGUUAUUAAAGCAUAGGCUCAGAGAAACAGGCACCAACGCAGUUUCAACAUUGUCGAGCGACCAGAAAGCUGUGGCGGCAGACAUUUUCAACUAUAAUGACGUUGUCUAUGGUUGUCGAAACCUUGAAAACGCCACUCAACUGCGAGAUAUGUCAUGCCUACAUGCUCUGAAUCACGUUUUCAAGACCAGAGACCGCAUUCUCAAGAACAACACAAAACUCAGCACCAAUAGUGGAUCUGAGGCACUGGAUCUUCGAGACCAGGGAUUCACCAGACCGAAAGUCCUCAUCAUUGUUCCCACCAAACAGGCCUGUAUCCGAUUCGUGGAUAGUAUAGUGAAACUCAGCGAGCCUGAUCAACAAGAGAAUAAGGCUCGGUUUCUCGAAACAUUUUCGCAUGAAGACAAUGAUGAGUGGCUCGACAAACCCGAAGAUUUUCGCCAACUGUUCGGUGGGAACCAUGAAGAGGACUUUCGCAUCGGUCUUAAAUUUACCAGGAAGACCAUCAAGUACUUUUCUGGCUUCUACAACUCCGACAUCAUCAUUGGGUCGCCUCUGGGUUUGAUGCGGACCAUCAGUACCGGAGGAGGUGGAAAAGAUAAAAAGAAAACGCAUGAUGCAGACUUUCUCUCCUCGAUUGAAGUGCUCAUCGUCGACCAUGCAAAUGCGCUCCAGAUGCAGAACUGGCAACAUGUCGACUACGUCUUCCUCCAGCUCAACCUUCUGCCCAAGGACUCCCAUGGCUGCGACUUCUCCCGUGUCCGUCACUGGUAUCUCGACGGACAGGCGAAAUACCUGCGCCAAACGGUCAUCAUCUCCGACUACAUGACCCCCGAGAUCAACGCCCUGGCCUCGGCGCAUCUGUACAACAUCUCUGGGCGCGUCAAGUACCAGCCCACCUACCCCGGCACCAUGCUCUCCGUCUCUUCCUUCCUGCCAACAGCAAUUCCACAGACAUUCCUCCGCUUCCCAUCCGCCACCGCCCUCCAAGACUCCGACGCCCGGUUCAAGACCUUCACCACCACGAUCUUGCCCCCAAUCCUGCGCGAUCCUAAACACCAGAAAGGCAUUCUCCUUUUCGUCCCCACCUACGUCGACUUCGUCCGCCUAAGAAACUACCUCUCCACGUCCGCCGAUGCGACUAACCUCUCCUUCGGCUCUGUCUCGGAAUACACGCCGCGGAAAGACGUCCUACGCGCGCGUUCGUAUUUCCUCAACGGGAGACAUAGUUUGCUGCUGUAUACUGAACGCGCGCACCAUCAUUUCCGAUACCGGCUGAAGGGCGUCAGGCGCGUUGUUUUCUACGGCGUGCCGGAGAAUCCCAUCUUUUGGGGUGAGCUCGUUGGGCUGUUGGGCUUGGUGUCGGUGGGCAUUUGGAAGUCGAAGUCGAAGCCGGACGGUGCGGAUGCCGCAGUUGUGAAGAAAGGUGCCGUGCGUGCGCUGUUUUCGAAGUGGGAUGCAAUGAAGUUGGAGAGAGUGGUUGGCACGGAGAGGGUGGCUAGGCUGCUCAAUGAUCGCGGUGGCGAUGUUUUUGAUUUCGUCUGA